AUGGGCGUUAAAGCCAUGGGGGAGGAAGCCAUGGGGGAGGUUCAGGCCACCGCCGCACCCGGAACUGAUGCCACCACCCAGACCAAGUCCCAGACCGCUGAGGAUCAUGUUGAUAUUAUUAAGGUUCCCAGUCCCUCCCGGCCCGGUGGCGCCCACCUGUGGUUGCUGAUGGACGAGGUUGGCGGGGAUGACGAAGACAUUGUUGGUGCCCAUGUAAGGCUGUGUGGCGCCGGGACAAGUGUGGACACAGGGAAGCUGGCACCUGCUGUUGACCGGGGCGGCGCCGUGGCAGUGAGGAGCCGGCGCCGGCGGCGAGGAGCUGCACCCCCAGAGGGCACCGCCGUGGCAGCCUGCGUCUCCGAGGCGGGCGAGGUGGUUCUGCAGGAUGAGACGGGCGACGAGGCCGGAGAGGCCGUCCAGGCUGAUGCUGUUGUGGUCCACGCCGCUGCAUUGCGAGGUGAAGCAGUCGGUGUUCCUGUAACGGGGCGGUGCCAGGCGGUCAGAUAA